AUGGAUCAAAGUGCCAGCGGCAGCCCAUCGCCCGAUCCCGACUCGACGGCGCGUCGCAGGUCGGGACGCGUCGUGAGAGCACCGGCAAAGUUCGUGCCGGCACCCGAACCCGGCGGCUCAUCCGCCUCGAAGCGCAAGCGGAACGACCAGGAUGGUGACGGUUCCGAGAGAGAGGAGAGCGACUCCGACGAGGACAUGAGCGACGAAUCCGAAUCCGACGACGACGAGAGCCACCCUGCCCCGCGAUCGCGCAAGCCGACCCAGGGUCGUCGUUCGAAGAAGCCGUCGACGAAGAAGGCCAAGAUCAACGGCACCCAGCCGGCCGCGUCCGCUCAUCUCUCUCGCAUCCCCAGCAGGCCCAAGAAGUCGGUUCGAAUCGAGGCUGGCGAGAAGGGAACCGGCAUCUUCGCUGAAAUUUUCGGCUCCGGUGACGCCUCCGAUGCCGUUGCCCAGCAGUGGCUCGAGAGCUACCGGGCCGACGAUGCGACGGCCCUCGGUGACCUCGUCAACUGCGUCCUGCAGUGCGCCGGCUGCGAGCUCCAAGUCACGCCCGACGACAUUCGCGACCCGGACAACAUCCCCAACAGAUUGGUCGACCUCCAAGGCGUCUACCAAGAGCAACAAAUCACCGAAUAUCCUCUCAUCUCGAGGGCCAAGAGCACCAAGUCGUUCCGGGACCUUCUCGUCGGCUUCUUCCAGUCGCUCGUCACCCUCCUGCACGAGACGGACAUUCUAUACAAGGACCCGGACCUGAUGGAUAACCUUCACGCCUGGCUGGCGAGCAUGUCCUCCUCCUCGCUGCGACCCUUUCGGCAUACGGCCACGACGAUUGCCCUCGCCGUGCAAUCCGGGCUCGUCCAAGUCGCCGGCGUCCUCGACCGAAGAAUAGCGACCUUUGAGCAGCAGUCCCAGGCCGCCAAGAAGGGAAAGAACAAGAGCAAGGCGACCGAGAUCCAGCGCAACAUGGACGAGGCCAACGGCUACCGGAAGACGUGCAGCGAGACCGUCCAGUCCUUCUUCGACACCAUCUUCGUCCAUCGGUACCGCGACGUCGACCCCAAGAUACGCACCGAGUGCGUCGACGCCCUCGGCUCGUGGAUCUGGAACCUCCCAACCGUCUUCAUGGAGCCGGGCUACCUGCGCUACCUCGGCUGGAUGCUCUCCGACACCAACGCCACCACUCGCCAGGAGGUCCUGAAGCAGCUCCACCGCGUCUUCAAGCGCGACGCCCCCCAGCUCGGCCACUUCAUCGACAGGUUCAGGCCCAGGCUGACCGAGAUGGCGACGCUCGACUCGGACGUGUCCGUCCGGGCCGCCGCCAUCUCCGUCAUCGACACUCUCCGUGCCGCCGCCCUCCUCGAACCGUCCGAGAUUGACGCCAUCGGCAAGCUCAUCUUCGACACGGAGCUGCGGAUUCGCAAGGCCGUCGUCGGAUUCUUCGUCGCCUGCAUCAACGACGUCCACUCGGACAAGAUGGAGGCCAUCGGCGGCAUCGACGCCCUCGACGAGUUGGACGACGUCGACGACGACGACUUCGAGUCACCGCGAAAGGAGUGGGUCAACAUCAAGUGUCUCGCCGAAACGCUGGCCAUAUACGACGCGCAGAUCGAAGAGGCGCAGCAGAACGGGGUCGGCGCCGGCACCGACGUUGCCGCCGACUUGCCCGAGGCGACGGUGCCCGACACCAGGAUUUCUCUCGCCGCCCAGGUGCUCUGCGAGAAGCUGCCCGAGGUCAAGACGUGGGAGAUCCUGGCAGGCUAUCUCCUCCACGACCACUCCACCAGCACAAAGUCCAAGUCCAAGUCCCAGCGCAAGGGCAACUCCGCCGAUGCCGCCUUCAAAAAGGCCGUCGCGCCCAACUCGGCCGAGGAGUCCAUCCUGCUCGACGUCCUCACCUCCGCCAUCAAGCUAGGCCUGUCGCAAACGACCGAGCACGACAAGAGCCGACGAAGGGGCCACCGCUCCGAGCCGGCCGAGUCGCGACAAGAUAUCGCCCUGGAGCUGACGACGACCAUCCCCAAGCUCCUCAACAAGUUCGGUGCCGAGCCCGAGACGGCCGCCAUUGUCCUCCGGCUCGCCCUCUUGCUCAACCUCGACGUCUUUCAGCAUCUUCGCCAAGACGCCUCCAAGUACGAGAGGCUCCUCGACGAGAUCAGCGUGCAGUUCAACCGGCACGGCGACGGUAGAGUCCUGUCCGAGGCCACGGCAGCUCUGCUCCGUGCGCGCCAGUUUGAGGAGCUGCAGGAGUUGACCGACGGCAAGCUCUCCUUGCUGUGGGAGAAUGUCAUCAACGCUCUCCGCAACUUUGACAAGACGUGCGACCUCUCCGAGCGUGGCAACCUGGCCGCCGCCCCUCUGCAGGAGCUGUCGACGGUGCUGCUCAAGAUCAGCAAGCUGGCCAGCGUGUCGGAUUGCAUCGAUGCCCUCGAGGCGAGCUCCAGAUCGAGGGAAUCGAGCGGGCCCGCCAUCGACAUCCUCGUCGCCAUCGUCCAUCGUGGCAAGUACGAAACGCAGGAGGACGAGAUUGAUGACCUCGAAGACGAAGUCGUCACCUACUCCAUCAAAGCCUGCCAGUUCUAUUUCAUGUGGAAGACGCGCGGCCUCGCCAAGCUUCUGAAUGACGGAACGACCGUCGCCGACGGCGAGCUGGACCGAUUGUCCGCCUUGCGUCAAUCGUACCGCAAGCACCUCAUCGAGACCUUCUCGUCCCGAGCGGCCAUCGAUCAGCUACGCCUCUAUGCGACGGGCAGCCUCUGCGAUCUCCAUCUCACGCUCCGCAUCAUCCGUCCUCUGAUCAAGAACCUUCGUCCGUCGUCGAGCUCGCCCUCCCUGUCGUCCCGCGCAGACAAGCUCGACGGGCUCGUCAAGGAGGUCGAGGGCGGUCUUGUGCCGGAGCUCAUCGCCAUCUUUGACGGGGCGGAGAAGCAGUACGCCAAGAAGGCGCGGAAAGACAAGGACCUGAACGAGCCGGCAGAGGAUGAGGACCCCAUGGAUGACGAGGAUGAGCUCGAGGAUGACGAUGACGACGAGGGACUCUCCCAGGAGGAGCGGCACGCCGCCGAGCUCAAGGCGGAGAUGGCCCUCUGCGAGUUGACGGCCAAGUACGUCCUGGCCAUCACGAAUGACAUCAUUGAUCAGCGCGGCUCCCAGAGCAGCAAGCUCCGGCGCCGCAUCCUCCGCAACCAAUUCAAGCUCGGCAACAACUUCAAGGAGGUCGUCGCCUACCUCGACGAGGAGAAGAUGAGCAGGCGCAACAAGAAGGCGGCCGCCAAACACAACCAGCGCGCAUCCCGACCGCAGAAGCCUUCCAUCAGCGAGGAGUUGAUCAGGGCCGAGGACGACGAUGACGACGACAUUUUUGACAAUCUCGAACCCGAGGAGGGCACGCGGGAGGAUCUCCGAAGACGCGAGCUGCUCGACGAGGAUCCGUUUGAGGAUGACGAGGACCUGACGGAACGGCCCCUCAACGACGAAGAUGACGAUAUUCUUGGGGAUUGA